AUGUCUGAGAACAACAACUCUGCCCAACAGCCCAAGCAGGGCGGUGGUCUUUUCGGUGGCAUCGGCAAUGCUGCCGGUGGUCUCGCUUCUGGUGUUGGAGGCAUCGCAUCAGGCACUGUCAACACCGUCGGAGGUGUUGUUGGCAACGUCGGACGCGGUGUGGGAAAGACACUUUCCGAUGCCUCUUCCGGACUCGAGAACACGGCCAAGGGUGCUGGUGGUUCUAUCAACGACGUGACCGGAAAUGCAAAGCAACAGCCUAACAAGAAGUAA